AUGCCGGAAAAGCCGCUGACGGUAGCUACCUACGCUGCUGGUGCCUCGCUCGCGGCCAUAACGCUGGUCUAUGUGUUUGCGCCAACCUACUUCAUCGACAGCGACUCCAAUUCGGCGCGCAAGAAGGGCGUCGUCGGCUUGACGAACCCCGCCAAUGACUGCUUCAUCAACUCGGUCCUCCAGGCCCUUGCCGGCCUGACCGAUCUGCGCGUCUACCUCAUCCGCGAGACCCACCGAAGAUACAUCGACGAGCCCUGGGUCUACCAAGAAGCCGUUUCCGACCCGGAUAGGGCCGACGUGCCCCAGUGGAAGACCGAGGGCCUCCAGACGGGCAUUGUUACCCAAGGUCUCAAGCAGAUCCUGGAUGCGCUCAACGAACGGCCGAUCUACAAGAAGACAAUAUCGGCCACGGGCUUCGUCAAGGUGCUCGAGGUUGCGUUUAAACAACGCAUCAGCAGGCAGCAGCAGGACGCCCAGGAGUUUCUACAGGUAGUGGCCGAGAGGUUGUGUGACGAGUAUCAUGCUGGUAAAAGAGCGAGACAGCAUGCGCGCCGGAAAGGGGGCAAUGGGGGGUUGACGAACGGCUCCAGACCCAUAGACACAACCGUUGUCGACAAGCGACUUGCAGACCUCGAUGGAGCUCGCGCAGAAGUCAGAACCGAGGAUUCGUCGGAGGACGGGACCGGGGAUCAAGUGCGGGCGGUCGACGAGGAACAUGGCUUUCCCAUGGAAGGCAAGUACGAGAGCCAGAUCGAGUGUCAGACCUGUGGAUUCAAGCCAAAGCCGACCGAGAGCACAUUUUGCACCUUGACCCUCAAUGUGCCGCAAGCUAGCUCCACGUCUCUAAACGCCUGCCUGGACGGCAUGUUCAAGACGGAAUAUGUCGACGACUUCAAGUGCGAAAAGUGUCGUCUGGUCCAUGCAAAAGAGGUCCUGGAGUCGGAGCUCUCUCGAUCCACCUCGGAGGGCUUCAAGCUUACGACGAGCGAGAACAUCCAGAAACUGCAGCAUGCUAUCGACACCGACCCGGAGCAGGCGCCCGAGGAUGUCGUGCUACCAGACACGCGAUAUGCACCGAAGCGAAAGAUCGCGAGGCAUACCCGCGUGACCAGUUUUCCCAAGGUCCUGGCCAUCCAUCUUUCUCGUUCCAUCUACGAUGCCAGCAUGUCGACCAAGAACUCGGCCAAGGUCGCCUUUCCCGAGAGGCUCCCCCUGGGCGGCUUGCUGAACCAGAAGAAGUACAAACUCCUGGCCACCGUCACCCACAAAGGCAACCACCACAGUGGCCACUACGAAUCAUUCCGGAGGCAGAACGUGGCCAUGCCCUUCUCUACACCGCAGACAUUCCAGCAAUCGAGCGCAUUCACCAAGUCUGCGCAGCCCAGCCCCGUGCCGUCGCAGGCCGUUACACCUCAGAUCCGUGCCUUGCAGAGGCCGGAGCAAGGCAGCCCGAGUGUAUCUACCCCAGAUCUGCUAUCCCCUGGCUCGGCAUCCGGUUCACCGAACCCAUCACUGGAAGACCUGCCUCAGCCGUCCACAGACAGCAUCCCGCGCUCGUCGCCGCACCUCAAUGGACACGCCUCGUCUCGGGUCAGCCUUACGUCCGCGCCACGAGAACGUGACUCUGACGCGAUCAGUCUGAAGUCGGUCGCUGCUUCGGCCAAGUCUACCAUCUCCAAGAUCUCCCAGUCUGCCAGAAAUAGCCGCCCGGGCAGUCCUGCUGGGAAGCGUUCCUCGAACGGAACAAUUGGACCUACCGGAACCACUACGGGUGCAUCAGUCAACGGCUCGGCGGCAGCCAAUGCGUCCAAGCCGAAACGGAAAAAAGCGGUAGAGCGCUGGUGGCGCAUCAGCGACGAAAAGGUCAAGGAGGCAAAGACAAGCGAGGUCCUGGGCAUGCAGAAAGAAGAUGAUUCCCAGUUGAUGCAGGCUCUGGGUGACACAGUUCGGAGGAUCCGGUGCAAGCCCGAGUAUCCGACUUGUGAAGCUGAGAAGCAAGGCCUGAGUGGCAACACUUGGUUCCGGCAGAGGGUGUACGCGCUACUCGGUGACUGGUGGUGGAAUUUCCGAGACCAUUGCCUCGCGGCUUGGAGGUGUGUGAGGAACGAGGCAAGGAAGGCAUGGGAUGAGUACAUGGGUUACUCGGACCAGUACGAAUACACGGCCGUCCCGCAGACGGAUGCCGAUGCCACUGGGGUCCGGAGGGGGCUUUCAUGCCAGAAUUACUGGAGGCGGCAGUCCGAGGGGGGGCUCUUUGACCCAGACGCCUAG